AUGGUAUGCAACAAAUAUGGUGCACCAAAAUGGAUCUUCAUUUUGAGAUUGGCAGCACAUGAGAGACUUUACACAAGAGACAGGUUGGUGAAAUGGGGACUGACAAAAAAUCCAGAUUGUCCACUUUGCCAGACUGGGUUGGAAACUAUAGGGCACCUAUUCUUUCAGUGCACAUACUCAGCAACAGUCUGGAGGGAACUACUAAAGUGGCAAGGGAUCCAAAGACUACCCAUGGAAUGGACUCGGGAACUACAAUGGGCAAAUGAACAUGCAAAGGGAAGGAACAACAAAGCAGAAGUAUAUAGAAUGGUGAUGGCAGCAAGUGUCUACCAUUUAUGGAUUGAGAGGAACAACAGGAUCUUUCAACAGAAGACAAGGGCUCCAGCUGUACUUCUCAGACUGAUCAUUCACGAAGUAUUUUACAGAGGACAUCUUAAGGCAAGACUAGCAUAUAGACUGGAACAGUUGAAUUUCUAUCCAUAG